AUGCGCCUGAAGCACUACGACGGCAAUGUGGAGGAUCUAGCGCUGACGUUCAGCGUGAGCGAGGUGCAGUUGGAUAAAGUAGUGACACGAAAUCUCUUGCCGGACGGCUCGAACGUCCCUGUUACGAACGAGAAUCGGAUUCGAUAUAUCCACUUGAUGGCGAACUACAAGCUGAAUGUGUUGACAUCCAUUGAAUGUGCUGCGUUCCUAAUGGGUUUUCGUGACUUGAUUCCGGAGUCAUGGAUUCAAAUGUUUGCUCCAGCCGAGGUGCAGAUGCUCAUUGGUGGCACUGCCACGAACAUCGACGUUGAUGACUGGGAGCGGCACACUCAAUACGGAGGUGGCUAUCACCCGUCCCAAAAAGUUAUCCAAUGGUUUUGGGAAAUCGUGAAGGAGGAUUUCACGCAUGAAGACCGUGCAGCGCUACUCAAGUUUAUCACGAGUUGUUCCCGUCAACCUCUGCUUGGCUUUUCAAAAUUGGUUCCUCAGAUCGGUAUCCACCAAGUGCGCGUAGAAGACGACGAGCGACUGCCAUCGAGUGCAACGUGCAUGAAUCUGCUCAAGCUACCAGCUUACUCCAAUAAGAAGUCGAUGCGCAAGAAGCUGGUGUAUGCUAUUCGAUCCAAUGCAGGCUUCGACCUCUCUUAA